AUGAAUGAGGAUAUAGAAAUUGACUCACAACUUUUGAGAACAUCUCAAAAUACUCUUGUGUCAGUUUCUGAUUCUUCAACUUUUGGAGUUAAAAAAAAUUACUUGUUAACACUAGACGAUUAUUUGCUAUCAUGUGACGGUGGCGACGGAAGAGUUGGUAGUGGUGGCGGUGGCGACGACAACGGAAGAGUCGGUGGUGGUGGAAGAGUCAAUGGCGGCGGUAGUGGCAAUGGUAGCAAUUGCGGUGGCGAUGGAAGAGUUGAUGGCGGCAACGUUUCUGAUUCAACUUUUGGAGUUAAAAAAAAUUACUUGUUAACACUAGACGAUUAUUUGCUAUCAUGUGACGGUGGCGACGGAAGAGUUGGUAGUGGUGGCGGUGGCGACGGCAACGGAAGAGUCGGUGGUGGUGGAAGAGUCAAUGGCGGCGGUAGUGGCAAUGGUAGCAAUUGCGGUGGCGAUGGAAGAGUUGAUGGCGGCAACGGUAGUGGCAGCAAUAGUGGUUGCGAGUGGUUGUGA